AUGCUGGUGCGACGGUGUCAAGAACGUGAUGCUUGCGACUCUAACGGAGGCUCAAUGGUGGUGGCAGUGGCGGCUCAAGCUCACGGCUCAAGCUUGGGUGGCUCAAGCGACAAAGAACUUGCGGCUACAUCGAUGGCGUCAAGGGUGCCGGUGGUGGUGGUGGUGAACGAUGGUAGUGAUUCGGUGAGGGUGAACGGUGGCAAUCAAGGUGGGGAUGUUGCGCGCAAAGCUGACAUCGAAAGAUCUCUGCGCGGUGCUGACUGUGUUUUCCACCUUGCUUCGUAUGGCAUGUCUGGCAAAGAGAUGUUGCAAUUCGGUCGAGUCGAUGAGGUGAACAUAAACGGCACCUGCCAUGUGCUGGAAGCUUGCGUUGAGUUGGGGAUUCGAAGGCUCGUCUAUGUUAGCACAUAUAAUGUUGUGUAUGGAGGGAAGGAGAUCGUGAAUGGCAAUGAAAGCUUGCCUUAUUUCCCUUUAGACGAGCAUGUAGAUCAUUACAGUCGUAGUAAGUCAAUUGCAGAACAAUUGGUUUUGAAGAGCAACGGUCGUCCUCUGAAGUAA